AUGCCAACUCUGAUGGGAGAUAUCAAGAACUGGCAGCCUGCAUCUCAUAUUUGGUGUGGUCGGACGUCAAUUUUCUAUGCGGCCGCAAGAGGCCAUGUCAACAUUCUGCAAUUGUUGCAAUCUAGGUGCUCUCCUUUGAACAUCAAAGACCACUAUGGCGCCACGCCAGUAUUUGCAGCCGUAAGGAACGGCCAAAAGGAAACUGCUGAAUUCUUGUUUGACCGAAGCGAUGAGUUCGUAUUCAAGGAUGGCUUAGGUCGUAGUCUGGCAUGGUGGGCCACUCAAAGCGGCUACACAGAGCUUGUUGAAGUUGUGCAUCGGUAUGCCAAAGAGGCUGGCAUCGAAAUCACAGAAGAGGAAGAGCAGAUCUCCCUCACGGGUCUUGGACAGCGAUUGGUGUAA